UACUUCUCUCCUCUCCACUCUCAAUUUUAUGUGAUUUCUAGGUAAAAUUUCGCUGUUUUCCUCUUCAAUUCCAUCCAGUUUUUCAUGGCUAUUCAACUUCAAGUCGAAUAGUGCUCUCAAGGAGAGGUAGGAACUUUCUCACGAGGACGAAUCUCCCAAGGACAACUGAAAGGAUUUUCUCGGGUUACCUUCAACUUCCUCCAUCCAUGGAGUCUUCUGCCCGGAAUUUCGAUUCAGAACAUCAAUCCAGUUCGAGAAUUGUUCUUUCUCCUUCGGAUGUUCUUUUGGGUCAGUUCUUGGCACUCUUGAAUCGGAUUCCCAUAUUCAUCUUCACUUGAUAAAUCUGGGACUGAAACAACCAACGUUGUUGUACCCAAAAUUUCCACGAUUGAUCGACUUUUGACACUUUGCAAAGACUUCACAGAUACAUUGGCCUUCUCCUGGUCACCUUUCGAAGAUUUCUUCUUCCCCAUCAAGAUUUCUGGCUAUGGCUACGGGCUUAUGCACCAAGAGAAAGUUUUGCGGGAGAGAGAUAAAAAACCAGGGUUUAUCUUUUUAUAAUUUUUACUAGUUUGUUCUUGCUAGUUGCUACUAUUAUUUUUGGUUUGUCGUUGACUUGCUUUGUAAUUCUCUUUGUUUGGCAGGUGUAUCUAUGUGAUAUGUGAUUGUUUUGUUGCUUUAUGUAUAGUUGUUUGAGACAUUGAAUUUGAUUAAUUAAUGUCAAAUGUAGAAUUCUUACUAUGUAUUUGCCACUAAUCAUCAACUUGGUCAAGGUUGAACACUUAACAUAAAUCAUAAGUUCAUACUCCCACCGUCUCGUUUUACUUGCUCCAGUUGACCAAUUUUUGUGAGAGUUUUUUUGGUCAAGUGGGGCAAAUAAAAUGAGACGGAGGGAGUAGCUACACAUUAGAAAGCUGUUUUAUGUAAAAUUGGUAUGCCGUUUUUGCAAGCUUAUGUCAUGUAUGAUGUAUGGGCAAUUCCUUUUAAGGAAUCAAAAGCUAGGUAGAGUCUGGUUUACGAUAAUUAUGUGUCUGGAUAUAUUGUUUUAUUGAUGGGUUCUUUCAGAUUGUUAUAGUUAGAAAAACAUCAAGCUCAGGUUUUGGGUUUCUUCCUUCUAAUUAUUUUUGCCUUGUUGCUUAGCUGUUCCACAUUAUAGUGCACCGGAGUACUACAUUGUGCAGUGGCAAAAUUAUAUUUUAUGGACUAUUUGAUAGCUAAAGAUUGAGUUUGUAAUGUGCUUUAUCAAAUUGUAUUGUUAGAAAAGUGUUAAGUUUGGGGUCAGCAACUGGAAUUUAUUUCCUUCUUUUACUAAGUUACCUUGUUGCUGUGUUGUCUCAAUUUGUUGUGCACGAAGUUUGAAAAAUGUACAGUGCAUUGACGUUAAAAUAUUUUGUUAAUCUACUCCGUAGUCAAUAGUUGAGGUAGAGUUUUUACGGCUCUUGAAUUGCAGAUUUGAGCAAUUUAUUAAAUUGGAGAUAAAGGUGUCUUAUUUAUUUUUAUUUUACUUCCAAUUCUGUGAUCCAAUUUUGAGGAUCUCUCACAAUCUGAUUAUCUCAAUAAGAUUUGAUCAUGCUGAAAUUGGUUGAACUACACGGAACACCAUAUAAGUUUUUACUAGGUCUUAACAAAUUCUAAUGAACCAUUUAUAAUUUCAUUAGCUUUGGUUUUAAAGUUUUGAAGUGAAAAUAUUCCUUCUGCUUUCAUACUUUAUCAAUUCUUUUAGUAUCAGUAUAGUUCCAUUGUUGUGAGUGAACCUUGCAUAUACAAUGGACUAUCUCGCUCAGCUCCCAAGGGAUCUACAUGGAGUUACCCAUCUAGGUUAAAGUUGCUUUGGGAAGUUUUGAAGGAAGGUCUGGGGUAGCCACUAGUCCACUACCAUACACUAGUACAUUUUAUUUGUUUAUUGCGAAGUUAAAAAGGGGCUAGUCUGUAUGUGUGUAUAAGAGAGAGUGAGAAAGACCGGUGCGAGAGAGGUUGGGGUGGGCAGGGAGUUGAUAUACAAGAAUAGUAAGGCAUAGAAGAUGUGGAUUGCAUACAAUUAAUUGUGAAAAAAGACAUGUUUUUAUUUUGAUAUGUAAACUGUGUGUUGCACUAUUUGGUAAUUGGUUACAAUGAUUACCUUAAGACACUAUGGUGUUAAUUCCUGAGUCCUUGGUGUUUUGUUAGCUGAAAUUAUCCCUGUUUGAUUUGUUAUCGUUAUUGUAGUCUAUUUCAAGUGAAGAAUUUUGAGUUGUAUUACCGUAGAUGAUGAGUACAAAGGAGGAGCCACCACCAUCGCUGCCAAAAUUGAUGACACUUACUAAGGGUUUAAAAUUGGCUGAAGAGUGGGUUAAGAAUAUGCCUGGAGAUGUGGAGGAAGCAGUGGAAAUUGAAAUGGAAUGUAGACCUUCUAGGCUUGGUCUUGGGGCAAAAGUUCCACGAAGAUCCCGAGUUGGGCCUUUAACUGAUCCUGUAGAAAGAAGAUUGCAUAAGAAAUUUGGUCUAGGCAGAAAGAAAGCGUCUGGUGAUGAGGAUUCCAAUCCACCUCCAAAGAAUGAAAUAGAUAAUGAUGAUGACGACGACGAAGAAAAUAUAGAUAGCAGAACUAAUUCUUUUUCCAAGAAGAGAGCUGCUGCUCUCUCCAGAAUACCGCAAGCAAAGAAGAAAUUCAAGUAAUUACUCAUACUACUUAUCUUUCUCGUUUGUCCUUUAAUCAUUUUGAUGUAUUAAUUAUUCCGAUGAUAAUUGAUAAAUUAUUGAUUUAAUGCCAACUCUCUGGAGAUCUAGUAUGACUCUCUGAAGUAUUAACGCCCCAACCUCAGAAAUGUUCCCCAAGGGAUCUUAUGCCAAUUCCAGUUUCAGGUGCC